CCGAACAUGAAUCUAUUUGUGCUUUAUCGCCACAUUCACAUUAUAAUAGAUACACUGUGAAUAUCCUGUCGUUGAACCGGAUGAUGGAGUUCUUUUUUUAUAGCGUCGGGAGCAUCAAAACAAUCACGCAUCAUAAUUAAGAGUGAUCCUGUUCAUUCUCCUGUGAAGGUCCAUAAUGGCCCCGUCCUCGUCCUCUUCUUUAUGCCGCUGCUGCUGUCCUUGUUCGCGGCUGUGCUCAAGAUCUUCAGCCUACACUUUGGUACUGGGUCUGGGUUUUGUUACUGUGGGAACCAGUCGCAUCCUAUUACUAAAAUUCUCGGCCAAUGAGGAAAACAAAUACGACUUUCUUCCUGCAUCUGUGAAUUUAAUGGCAGAAGCCAUCAAACUAGUAUUUUGUUUAGUGAUGUCAGUACGGGUGGUCAUUCGAGAGGGCCGUUCCUAUAAAGAUUUGGGGUGUUCAUCUGGUGCCUCUUUUCUCAGCUAUCUGAAAUGGUCCGUUCCUGCAUUCCUCUACUUCCUUGAUAACCUUAUAAUCUUCUAUGUGAUGACCUAUCUGCAACCGGCCAUGGCAGUUAUGUUUUCCAACAUUGUAAUUUUCACAACAGCCAUUCUCUUCCGUGUUGUUCUGAAGAGGCGCCUGUCUUGGGUGCAGUGGGCGUCUUUGAUCAUUUUGUUCCUGUCCAUUGUGUCGUUGACGACUGGCAGUGGUGACCAGCAUGCCAUUGCUGUCCACGGCAUUCACCCAGCCCACAUUUCCACACCUUCCAACAGCUGCCUAAAAUACGCCCAUCCCGAGCCAGUGCAUCAAAACUAUAAUGACACAUCUUGGAAACGUGAGCUGUGGGACAGCCAGCUCAUCCACAAGCUGAACAGCUUCGGCCUGGGUUACGUCCUGCUGCUGCUGCAAUGCUUCAUCUCUGCACUGGCCAACAUCUACAAUGAGAAGAUCCUCAAGGAGGGGGAGCAGCUGGUGGAGAGCAUCUUCAUCCAGAACAGCAAGCUGUACGUGUUCGGUUUGAUCUUCAACAGCCUCACACUGCUGCUGCACUCUGACUACCGUGACCUGACACUGCACUGCGGCCUCCUCUACGGACACAACAUCUUCUCCAUCGCGCUGGUCUUCGUCACAGCCGCUUUAGGCCUGUCGGUGGCCUUCAUUCUCAAGUUCCGGGAUAACAUGUUCCACGUGCUGACGGGCCAGAUCACCACAGUCAUUGUCACCGCGCUCUCUCUCUUCUUGUUUGACUUUCGUCCAUCGAUGGAUUUCUUCCUGCAGGCUCCUGUAGUACUGCUUGCCAUCUUUAUUUACCACAGCAGCAAACUGAAGGAUACAGAGUUUGCACUGCAGCAGGAGAGGCUCAGGGUAAUCAAUGGCGAGGUGUUUGAGAGGUCCAGAGGGGAUGGGGAGGAGUUGGAGAGGCUAACCAAGGCUAACACAGAGAGCGAAUCUGAAGAAGAAUCUUUCUGAGUCCGUUGUAAAUAUUCUGGGGUCAGCCUGUAUUUGUAUUAUGUACAUGUAUUAUAAUGAAUGAUAAUUGUUUCAGUCACAUGGAAUGUCUGCGACGUGCAAAAGGAUCAGAGUUAUCUAUUUUCUUCUCUUACAAACUGUGUAAACAUUGUGAGCAUGUAUCAAACUCAUGAAGGUUUGUGAAAGUGUUACUUUGAUUUUAUAUUGUUUGGACUUUUUGGUUCCUUCAUGUAGUAGUAGUAGUAGAAUGAAAGACAUUAAUUUAUUCAUUCCCUCACUUACAAAGUGAUAGUGCAGGUAUUAAGGUACAAGGAUUAUUUAUUUAAAUUUUAAUGUACUUCUGUAGUGGGAUUAUAUUUCAGUUUCAAAGCAUGUGCCAAAUUGUGCAUGUCGUAUCCGUUGACAUACAUUUUUUUGCAGUCAUUUUUGCUAUAAUAAAGAAUCCAUUCUAAUUCUACAUGCUAAAA